AUGUCACCUUUCCGUCUUGUCUAUGGGAAAGCAUGUCAUCUAUCGAUUGAGCUUGAGCAUAAAGCUUAUUGGGCAAUCAAGAUGCUCAAUAUGGAUGAGGAGCUUAUGGCUAAAGAGAAGUUCCUUCAAAUUCAAGAAUUGGAGGAGAUGAGACUUGAUGCAUUUGAGAACUCAAUGAUCUAUAAGGAAAAGACAAAGCUUAUCUAUGAUCAAAUGGUUCUUAGAAAGGAAUUCCAUAUUGGUGAUCUAGUUCUCUUGUACCAAACUAGAUUUAUUCAUAAGAUUGCUAAACUCAAGUCUAAAUGGGAAGGUCUUUUCCUUGCAACUAAAGUUUUUCCAUUUGGAGUGCUUCAACUUCUUCAUGAGCCAUCAUCAUCCACUUUGCAAGUCAAUGGACAUCUUUGCAAGCUCUUCAAGAAAAGGCAAUGA